AUGCGGGAAAUGUUCAAGAGAGAUGUUGAUGAUAUGCUCAUGUCUCCGCUAUCUGUGAAUACCGAUGACAUGAUUGUGGUAACGAUGCCGACAUUGCAAUUUCGGUACUUUGAUGCAUUGCCUGAAAAAAAUUUACUCAAAAACAAUGGACUGACUGUAACGCUGACUGGUUUGUGGGCUGCCGAUCAACAGCCGUGCAUCGAAGGCGCCAACCUGGAGGACAAGUAUAAUUUUUCUCAUUUGCAUUUCCACUGGACCGAUAGUGAUGGUAGUGAUGUCGUCAAUGAACACAUCGUCAACGGUCGAGGGCAAGUAUCAGACGCGUAUUCAGGAUUUUUAUCCAUAGAUAUAGAUAAUGGCAGUGAUUGUUACUGA